AUGGCGUUUCUUAUGAAAUGGGGUUGGAAAGCUCUUGUAGACAACCAUAGUUUAUGGAGCUCAAUAGUCAAUGCUAAGUAUAUUCAUGGUAAAGAACUUAUGGAUUUAGAACCAAAGCCUAUAGACUCUUAUGUGUGGAACGCUAUUCUAAACCAAAUAGCUCUCCUGAAUAGAGGGAUGUGUCGGAAAAUUAGAAAUGGAAGAAACACUUCCCUUUGGUUUCACCCUUGGGUCCCCAAUGACGUUUUCCAGCCUACACCGCUGCUUGAUGCCACACUCGGAGUUAGUAGAGUUGUUGAAUUCAUGGAUGAGUUCAAAUGGAAUGAAAGGAAAAGAAGGGAUUGGUUUCAAGCUUCGAAUGCAAGGAGGAUCCUGGACAUCACGCUCCCACAAUCGGAUGGAGAAGAUGGAUGGUUUUGGCCAAUUGAGAAAUAUGGCCUAUUCUAUUCUCUAUUAAAUCUGCUUAUAGGAUGGUCUCAAACAAUGACAGAAAAUGGAGAAGUAAAGCACUCAUACAAAUGGAUAUGGGGGUCAAAAAUCCAUAGUAGAUUAAAACUUUUGUGGUGGCAAGUUCUGUCGGAUGGCCUUCUAACUAGAGUGAAGCUUAACAAGUUAACCAAGAUGGGAGAUGUCUCUUGUCCCUUAUGCGGUGUGGCGGAGGAAACCACGGGACAUUUAUUUUGGGAAUGUCCUGUUUCAGAAUCAAUAUGGUUUGGGUGCCACUGGGGAAUUCGCCCUACGACCAUUUGCUUCACGGAUUGGAUUCGAUGGUUCAGAUGUGUCUAUCUCUAUACUACCGAAGUGUGUCCUUCAAAUCCUGCUACAGUCGAGGCUCUAGCACUUUGUGAAGGUGCAAAAAUUGCAGUAGCCAAGCAAAGGAAAAAUGUGGUAUUCCAAAGCGACUGCAAGGAGAUUACUGAUGUGCUACAAAGAAGGGAGUUGGGGAACCAACCCAUCACUUCUUUGUCGUCAAAGAAUUUACUUAAUGGGAAAUUCAGCAUAUAUCGAGGUCUUGUAAUUAUGCUGCGCAUAUUCUAG